GGGCGUAGUUUUGUCAUUCGACGGUUUUUGAGAAUACGGGAAAUUCAGAUUACACAAGUGAAUCCCGAGACCCAGCACACAUCGCCGGCCUGCCAUGACGCAAAACUCCGCUAGUAAGCUUAUAAACGGAGAUGCCUUACACCGGACGAAACAAGACAAGAAAGCGGGCGGGAAUGGGUUCGUGAAGAACCAUUGCUUGUUCCAACAGAAGCGACACCGCCGCCCGGCGGAGAAGAGCCAUCAUGCUUCAUGCACUUCGCUUUAUAAAAAGCCAUUUGUGGAGUCGUUUGAGGAGACGCCGCUGCUGGUUGCCGUCCUUACCUACAUGGGCUAUGGCAUCCUUACCAUUUUUGGCUAUCUGCGAGAUUUCCUGAGGGACUGGAAGUUUGAGAAGUGUCAUCUGGCCAGAGAGAGAGAAGAACAGAAGGAUUUUGUUCCACUGUACCAGGACUUUGAGAACUUCUACACCAGGAAUCUGUACAUGAGGAUCAGAGACAACUGGAACAGGCCCAUAUGCAGCGUCCCUGGAGCCAAGAUGGACCUCUUGGAGCGGGUGACACCUGACUACAACUGGACCUUUGAACACACAGGGAAUGUUCUGAAGGAUGUUAUUAAUAUGGGCUCAUAUAACUACCUCGGCUUUGCUGAGAAUACGGGCACGUGUGCUGAUGCUGCCUCUGAGUGCACUGUGAAAUACGGCGUGGGGGUUAGCAGCACCAGGCAAGAGAUAGGAAAUCUUGACAAGCAUGAGGAGCUAGAGAUUCUGGUGGCCAGGUUUUUAGGGGUUGAGUCAUCCAUGGCCUUUGGAAUGGGCUUUGCUACAAAUUCCAUGAAUAUUCCUGCACUCACAGGAAAAGGCUGUCUGAUCUUAAGUGAUGAGCUCAAUCAUGCAUCUCUGGUUCUGGGUGCCCGUCUCUCUGGCUCUACCAUCCGUGUAUUCAAACACAACAAUAUGCAAAGUCUGGAGAAGUUGCUCCGGGAUGCUAUCGUGCAUGGCCAACCUAGAACCCACCGGCCAUGGAAGAAGAUCCUCAUCCUCGUUGAAGGAAUUUACAGUAUGGAGGGCUCAAUAGUGCGACUUCCUGAGGUCAUUGCCCUAAAGAAGAAAUACAAAGCUUACCUGUACCUGGAUGAGGCCCACAGUAUCGGGGCACUAGGACCAAGAGGCAGAGGUGUGGUGGAUUACUUUGGCCUGGAUCCAUCUGAUGUUGACAUCAUGAUGGGCACUUUCACCAAGAGCUUUGGUGCUGCUGGAGGAUACAUUGGAGGAAAGAAGGAGCUGAUUGAUUACCUCCGCUUACAUUCUCACAGUACAGUUUAUGCUACUUCAAUGUCCCCACCCAUCAUCCAGCAGAUUAUCACUUCUAUGAAGUGCAUUAUGGGAGAGGAUGGCUCCACAUUAGGUCAGGAAAGACUCUGUCAGCUGUCAGAAAACACAACCUACUUUCGCAGGAGAUUACAUGAGAUGGGUUUUAUCAUCUAUGGGAACAAUGACUCUCCUGUUGUACCCUUGAUGCUCUACAUGCCAGCUAAAAUCGGAGCAUUCGGGCGAGAGAUGCUGAAGAGGAACAUUGGGACAGUGGUGGUUGGGUUCCCCGCCACACCCAUCAUUGAGUCCCGAGCACGGUUUUGUGUUUCUGCCGCCCACACGAGAGAGAUGCUUGACAAAGCUUUAAAUGCCAUCAGUGAAGUUGGAGAUCUACUCCAGCUGAAAUACUCAAGAAAAAACAGACAUGGGAAUGAAGGAAGUGACUCUUUUUCAUUUCUGGAGAGCCACCAGGAUUAGCACUUUCUCACGAUGGACUGAAUGUGUGUUUCUUCCACCCCAGAGGAAUUUAUGUCUAACUUAAGUGUCAUUUUCAUGUUGAUUCAUUUCAGUGGACACUCUGAAGUCCACCAGCUGACCAAAUUUUUUUCAAAUAUUCAUUUCAUUGUGCAGUAUCAACUGUAGUAAAGAAUUCACGUCACUGUGUUCUGCAUCAGAAAUGACACAGGAGAAAAGUUAAUGCUUUAGUGUCAGGCCUAAUUUAUCCAACCUUCUUCACAGUCUGAACCAAAUGAGAGGGUUUUUGUCUUGUUUUCCAUUUAAAAAAAAAAAAUUGCAAACAAGGUUAAUUUACUCUGGGUUACUCAGUCUUUUUUACUCCAUUUGCAAUGAAUGUUUUUAAUAAAUAAAGUAGAAUUCUUACAAAAUUUAGUAUGAUUUAUGCUUUAAACAAGAAAAAAACAAUAUACCAAUGGAAGACAAACGUAAUUCAAGACAUAUAUUGUUGAAGUCUUAUUAUAUUAUUCAGUUUAGUAAAACUUUAAGCAAAAUUUAAGGAAAUUUAGAUUUUUACUAGAAAACAAGACCGAAAUCCUGAUAAAGAAAAUGUUUUGAGUGUACAAGAAAACAGUGACUCACACACUAGCAGUAUACUUGUACAGCAAGUGUCAUCUUUUAAUGAGAAAUAAGCUUGAAAAUAUAUAUAAAAAAGAGAAAUCUACUUAUGAAGGAGAUAAUUUAUUAUAGUUAAACCGUAAAUAAGAAUGUGAGUUCAUAUCUUUAAAAUAUUGACACAUAUUUAUUAAUGCACAUUGCAGUGUGUCUGCAUUUAACUCAAUACUGCGUUCACAUACUAGCUUUGCGUAGGUCCACAAAUCUUCAAAUAUCUAAUUUUAUUCUUUUUCACAAUACAAAUGAUUGUAUAAGUAAAUUAGCGAUGUCUCAAUUAACUUGUACAAAAGAAUGCUGACAACAUUUCUCUGUUUUGUUUCAUCAGAGCUUUCUGUAUUUCAGUUUGAGUUGUGAUACUUUCCAUGAAUAGGGUACACUUUGGUGUCCCUUAUCUUUAUCCUUUUUUUUAAAGCACUAGAGGAACAAAGUCCAUAUUGCUUUUAAAGAGAAAUCUCCAAACAUUAUUUGGACUUUUUUUUAUUCAAAUUGUUACCCAAGUUAUAUAGAGAGAGAUUUUUCCUGUUUUUUGGCUUUUAAUUUUUUUUUUCAUUAAUAUUUAUUGCUAGAAAAUAACAAUCAUAAAAAUUCUGGGCUAUUAAACUGUAUAUAGACAUGUUUUUGCAAAAAUGAAACAUGAUAAAAAAUAUCUACAGUAAUAUUUAGUUUGACAUCCUUGGGUUCAUAAUAAACAUUUUCUGAAGGUUAAAAGCCUUACACUGGCCAUCUUCUAAAAAUGCAAGACAUCAUUUGUACUCUAUUUGUGGAAGGUGCCUUUAUGUCUUACUUGAAUAUCUGUUACUUGCUGACAGUUUGCAUAUCUCAUGACUAAGUAUGAUAUCUGCACUUACUAAGAGUAUAAUGUCUUAGCCAGGGCAUUUCACAAAGGCUGAGGGCUUUCAUUGAGCCAACAGAAAUAGACUGACAUUGUUCACUCAGUGUUUCAUUCUUUAUAUCAGCUGUUAACGGACAGCAGUGAAAAAUGUUUGUGUUGCCUUUUGUAUUGUUAUAUAGUUGCUUUUGAUUUGCUAUUUUUAAGUUAAAUCUUUAAGAACUUGUGUUCUUGUAACAAAAGUGCUAAAUACGGGUCACUGAUAUGAAAUGUAGAGCUCUUGUCUGUUUGUAUGAUGAUGAUGUGGCUUAUGAAUGCCUGUCGGAUGUACAUUUAGUUUUUUUCUUUUUUUUUUCUUCCUGCAUUCCCUUUUGUGUUCUUAAGUCUUGUUCUUAAUCGGAAAGGCAGCUCUGAAUAUGUCUCUGAUUGCAGAUGUAUGCAAGUGAGAGCUACUAAUGACUGUUAAGAGAUGCAGAUAUGACGUUGGCACAUUGGCUUUAAGCAGCCUGUAUAAAUGCAAGUAAUGCCACUGAGCUGCAUUUGACUGUGAAACCAAAAGGCAUUCCACAAUUUCUGUUUGUUUGUUUCUUGUACAUUCUGAGUUGCAGUUUUCAUUAAAUAUACAUACUGUCACAUGCAAGAAACUGAAAUUCUUUGAACAUGACUGAUCAUUUGUUUCUGAAAAUAAUUAAAUUACUUUUUCUCCA